GAAGCGUAAGCAGCAAGCAGCUAAUAUGGUGUGGAAUAGGCCGUUGUGAAGUUACUAAAAAUUCGUUUGUAGUAAAACUUAGAGCAAUUGAUGAAACAUCGUUCCAAGAUAACUUUUUAAAGUUUUAAAAUAAAAGUAUGCAUAUAAAAUAUAUUGAUAAUAACGAACUAAUGAACAGAUAUGAGCGCAAAGUGAAAGAAAGUAGGAAGAGAACGUGAAAAAUCGAAGUGAAAAAGUGAGUGGGGGCAGCAGCCUCAGCAGCAGCGGCGGCAGAAGCAGCGGUAGUCAAUUGAAAAGGUUGGUACGCCAAUUGGAGAUCUCUUCCUCAUCAAGAUAAACUGAAUCGAAGGCAAAAGGACUAUUUAAAACAUAAUAGUGUGAAUAAGAGGUCAGGCUGUAUAUUAGCCAUAUUAUUAUUUGGUCUGUAAGACAACUGCUGGUCAACUGGGCGCUGUAACAAAAGUGUUCUUGGUGGUAAUUAAUAAUUAUCUAGUUUGCCAUCCACUGCGAUGGCAGUGAAAGUGCAAUUCGAGAUCGGUCAUACGGCGAGGCUGCGCAGCAAAAAAACAUCCGAAGGCUUUACACAUGACUGGGAAUUGUACGUGCGUGGUGUUAAGGAGGCAGAUAUCAGCACCUACGUUGACAAGGUCGUUUUUAAUUUACACGACUCUUUUCCAAAGCCAAAGAGGGUUUGCAACAAGCCACCAUACGUGAUAACAGAGUCAGGUUAUGCUGGAUUUUUGCUCCCGAUCGAUAUUUACUUCCGCAAUCGCGAUGAGCCAAAGCGUAUACAAUUCACUUACGACUUAGAUUUGCAACAGACAGGACCGCCACAUCAUCGCUUUGAAGUCCAAAAAUUUGUAUUUGAUCAUGUUUCGGAUGAAUUUCGUCAAAAGUUGCUCAAAGGUGGUGGCAUACCAGUGACUGGUGCAGGAAUGGUUGGAGCUGCCACCGUUUCAUCCACUAACAACACCCCGAAUGCCGCUAUUAGUGACGAAGGCGGUGGUAUGGUUAGCAAGCCGAAGCUAGGUAGCGGAGAAUCAAUUGGUGGCAGUGGCGGUAAAAAACAUAAAACUCGUGUAGAUGACUCGAAGAGUAAUUCAUUUGCCAAUCUAUUUGGUGCACCAAUUAAAAGCGGGUCAAGUAAACAUUCGCCUGAUGAAAAAAAUAAUAGUUUGAAUACUGUUGGCGGAAAGGGAACUCCGAGUACUAGCAACGCAAGCGGUAGCGGUGCUGGAACUGGAGGUGCAGUUACACCCAACUCUGGAAAUAUCAACUCCAACAACUCCAUUGCAAAAGAAAAAUCUAGUAAAGAUAGAGAAAAAACGAACUCUUCAACGUUGGUUAGUAGUAGCAACGAAAAGAGUCGAGAAAAAUUUGAUAAGAAAGAAAAGCACAAGUCCUCAUCCAGUCCUAAUAAGGAAUCACGUAGUGAAAAUAAGAAAUCCUCUGGAGAUAGUAGCAAACAUGAAAAACGUGAGGAGUCCAAAUCAAAAAAGGAUAAAUCACGCGACAAAGAGCGGGAUCGUAGUCGUGAGAAAGGUUCAAGUGGUGGCACCAAACGCUCUCUAAGUCCAAAAUCGAAUGUCCGCGAUGCUGGCGCGCCGAGCCCAAAGCGUCCAACGCCGCCACGAUCUUCUUCAUCCGCAAGCGGACGCGUAGAGGAUAUUAAAUCAGCUGGUAGUAGUAGCAAAAUUGAGGGGAAAGAAUCAAAGUCUCGCGAGGAAAAGUCCACAUCAAGUGGUAAAAAGUCAAAGAAGGAAAAGAAGGACAAGGAACGCGAUAAAGAGCGUCGUGAUGAACAUAAAGAAAAACAUCGUAGUGGCGAUGGUAAGUCAAGGGAUCCAAAAGACGAACGCCAUGGAAAUAUAAUAAAUAGCAGCAGUAAUACUGUGACGACGGCUACAACAUCUAGUGGAAACACUAUUACGAAUGAAGCUAAAGAUAAUAAAGGUCAACAGUCACCAGCAAACUUUAGCAUUAAAAAACCAGAUAAAGAUGCGAAAGAGAAAACAGAAGCUGUUAAAGGGAAGAAUAAUGAUAAAAAUAUAGACAAAAUAUCGACAAAUCCAACAACUACACAAGUAAGUGGUACGAAUGCCACAACUACCAGUGGCGAUAAGAAACUACCAACCAGCUCAAAUAAUCAGAGUGAAAAAUUAGAAAAGGAAAAGGACAAAGAUAAAGAAAAGGAAAAGAGAUCUCAUAAACACAAGAAAAAGGAUAAGAACAAGGAUAAAGAUAAGGAACGUGAAAAAGAGCGUGAUAAGGAGAGGCACAAAGAAAGAGAGAAGGAAAAAGAGAAAGAACGCGAUAAAGAGCGAUCUGAAGAAAAGUUGCGUUCCGAAAAGCACACAGAAACUAAUUCAAAUGGGAAUGCAUCCUCAAUGGGAGCCGCAUCUACAGCUAUAUCCGGAUCCAAAGUAGCGUCUCUGCCUGUAGAGACGACAGCACCACAAAAUGAACCCCCUAAGCCUGAACCGAAUAGCGUAACAUCCUUGUCGAACAACAACUCUACUAAUUCCAAUAACCUAAACAACAAUGCCAAUGGUUCCGCACCUAUUGCGCCAAUUAAAAAGUCACAAAUUAGAGAUAGAAAAAACAAAGAUAAAUCAUCUAAAGAAGAGAAAAGGAAUUCAGGUGAAUCGGGUGAAUUGGAAUCGCGAAGCAGUAGUAAGCAUGCUAACAAAAGCGCUGGCACCAUUAUACCAGCAAAUACCAACACUACAGUGACUAUUUCAAAUGCUACUGGAAAUAACAGCAACAAAACCGUUGAUGCAAGUGACACUAGCAAACUGCCCUUACCAGAGGACGCUGCUUUAUUGACGGCUACAUUGUCAACAAAUUCAGCCGCUGUGACAUCAACUGACAUCGCACCUGUCGUUAUGCAUUCAGAUAGCUCGAACAGUAGUUUUCCGGACUUAACGCCGAAGCCACCUGCGCCAAGCAAAAUAACAUCGCUAAGUACAAGAUCGGAAAUAACACCAACAGAAAAGCCAGAAAAGACUACAAGUAUUAUCACCAAAGAACACAAACAGCGCAGCGGCGAACGUAAUGCAAAAACGAAAGAUAUUAGUGAUAAGACCGAAAAAGCUGAUAAAAAGGUGGAAAAGGAAGAAAAAAAGCGUCGGCGAAGCUCCGUUGCAGCGAGCACCGUUUCUGCAAACUCAUUCUUAGAACCUCCGCUCAAACAAGGUAAAAAGGAGUCUAAUAAGAUGGCCCGCGAACAAACGAAGUCUCCCGCAUUGCGUCAAAGUCGAGCUGCUAGUAUAAGUGGUCCCAUUGGAAUCAAUAAUGGCAACGACAAUGGCAGUAACAGCUCCAAUGCCACUACACAAAACAGCAAAUCUAACACCACGGACGUAUUAAAUAGUGGUGGCGCCUUUUUGCCACCACCUAACAAUACGACCGGAACUAGUGUAACUAGCUCUCCAUCUACUUUAGCUAUUACCAGCAAUGCCAACGCAAAUUUAAAUGCUAAUAGUAUUGUAAGUGCAUCGACGACAGGUGCAGCGGCGGCAGCGUCGCUUGCACCACCUCAUCCGUUACGACCAGCAUCACCGGCAGGGCCAGUAGGUGCGAUGGCCGCAGAGGCAGCAGGCGCUAACAAUGGUUCAACGCCGACACCGGCAUUGCCAACUGAAUAUCUGAGUGAACUACAGGAAUUACAUCAUAAAAUAAUGACGUUACAGGACAAUGAGGAGUUGCAGCAAGUAGUCGAGAUGAUCGCUGCCACGGGCUGUUAUGAGAUUACCGCCAAAACUUUCGAUUUCGAUCUAUGUAAGCUUGACCGUAGCACUGUGCAGCGUUUGCAAGAAUUCUUUGCAACGUCUGUGUCGUGACACAAGAUACACGCCUAAGGUGGAGAAGUGCCUCGCAGCAUUGACUGCUGAAUAAUAACGGAAAGUGGCAGACCGACUUUACUGGUACUGGACCAGCUCGAUAGUCCACCAUUCAAGCCACCAAUUAACCAACUGCAAUUAAAGAAACAUAGAAUAUUCAGAUAUCGAAACUACCCUUAGAGGCAAGUUGCGCUGCGGCAAAAGUGGAAAUAAUAAAUUGCAGCGCUAUAGGGAAAUACCGCAGUUAUUUUUAGCAAUAAUUUUUAAGAAAUAUAUGUAAACUAGUGUUGUGCGCGUUCAAAAAAUAUACAUAUAAUCCGCAACAGAAGCAAGUAGAUCUUCGAUUAUCAUCCAAAAUGGUUUUGGCACACAAUUAUAAUAUAAAGACAUGUAUGUAUAUAUUAUACAUUAAAGCUAAAUGAAGCUUACUGACCAUUAUAUUAUACAUUAUUAUCAAUCGAAUUAUUGAUUUGUAUAAAAAAAAACUAUUUUUGAUUUAGUUGUUUUCUGUCGAAUUAGUCAUAAACGCGAGCAUACAGGUACAGACCACAUACCGUGUACACAAAUAUUCGUUUAAUCAUCUCUUUAAUGCAAUAUUAAUAUGUACAUAUGUUUAGACACUUGUAAAUCAGUGAAAUACAACUCAUUUUAAAUUGA